UAACAUUACAAUCGAAUUUGCGGUAUGCCGAUAAUGUUGUGUAUAUAUAUAUAUAUAUAUAUGGUGUCGAGUCAGGUGUAGAGUCGCCGCAAAAGGGCUCUUACCAAAGCUUCUUUUCCAUUAUAAAGAAGCUCAUCGUCAGCAAUUCUCCAUUCCUCUCAAGCUCACUGCUAGCUGCUCCUGCAGAAACCCGAAAAAUCUCACUGAAAUCCACAGUGCCUCCAUUGAUAUAUAUAUAUAUAUAUAUAUUGUACAGUGACAAAGUUUUGAGAAAGAGAUAUUGACAAUGGGAUGCCGUUGGCUUCUUUCCGUCACGGCGCUGCUCCUUGCCGCUGCCUUGGCUGUGAAUGGCUGCCCGCCGUCGGACCGGGCGGCGCUUCUUGCCUUCAAGUCCGCCCUCCACGACCCUUACCUGGGCAUCUUCAAUACCUGGAGGGGCACUGACUGCUGCCAUAACUGGUACGGUGUCAGCUGCGACCAGGAGAGCCGCCGGGUAGCCGACAUCAACCUCCGGGGCGAGUCCGAGGACCCGAUCUUCCAGCGUGCCAAGCGGACUGGUUACAUGACAGGGACCAUUUCCUCCGCCAUUUGCCGCCUUGGCCGCCUCUCCAGCCUUACUAUUGCUGACUGGAAGGGGAUAACCGGAGAGAUACCGAGCUGCAUCGUCCACCUUCCCUUCCUUCGGAUCAUCGACCUCAUUGGGAACCGCCUAUCCGGUGAGAUCCCUGCAGAAAUAGGGAAGCUCCACCGCCUCACCGUCCUCAAUAUUGCUGACAAUCUGAUAACCGGUGAGCUCCCUCGGUCCCUCACGAACCUCUCGAGCCUCAUGCACCUCGACUUGAGGAACAACCGGAUCUCUGGGCCACUCCCCCGGGACUUCGGCAAGCUGCGGAUGCUGAGCCGGGCCCUUCUCAGCGGAAACCGGCUCACUGGUUUGAUCCCCAGCUCAGUAGCAGAUAUCUACCGCCUAGCGGAUCUGGACCUCUCAUUGAACCAACUUUCGGGUCCCAUCCCCGCUUCGCUCGGGAAGAUGGCGGUCCUCUCGACGUUGAAUCUCGACUGUAACCGAAUCUCCGGCUGGAUCCCGGUGACCCUGAUGAACUCCGCGGUGGCUAAUCUUAACCUGAGCCGCAACUUUAUCCAGGGAUACAUACCGGACGCGUUUGGACCCCGAUCCUACUUCACCGUUCUCGACUUAUCGCACAACAAUCUGAGGGGCCCAAUCCCAAAGACCAUAGCAUCAGCUUCCUUCAUCGGGCACUUGGAUUUGAGCCACAACCACCUCUGCGGUCGGAUCCCUCUCGGGUCGCCCUUCGACCACCUCGAAGCCUCCUCAUUCAUGUACAACGACUGCCUCUGCGGGAAGCCGCUGAAAGCUUGUUAGAGAUCGGAUUUCUAGCCGGGAAACCGCCGAGCAGAAUUUUCAGUCAUCGCAUCACGAACGAUGGCCGGAAUAUCGGGAACAUAUAUAUAUGUCUCUCUGUAAUUUGUAAGAUCAAAACCUGUUACAUAUCUGUUCAAUUAGAGGUGAUUAUUAAUUAUGUUUGUGUUGAUAUAAGGGAUUAAUGUUGUUAUUAGGCUUGAGAAGAUUUUUCAUGCACUACGUAAUGGGAUUUUGCAUGAAAAAUAUUGCUAUUAUCAUCAUUAUUAUUGGCAUAGAGAUAGAACAAUAGCGACAUAUAUACAAUAAGUGGGAAGUGACAACUCAUGAUUUUGUCACUUUUGACAUCGAGAAA